CUGGAGCUGCAAAAACUUACCCAAAGAAUACGCAAGCUAGCUUGUAGCUUUUACUGAGGCACAAGGAACACGCUACAAGACAGCUAGAUUAGCCCCUUUGGCACAUUCUUGCAGGAAAUAUUAGCCACAUUGCAGUUCAUCCGUUUCAAAAUGUCUAACGAAUCAGGCUCGCCUUCUCAGCCAACCAGGAGCGGCUCCUCUGCAGACGAACAAGAACCAGAGAGACCUGAAAGGAUGAGGGACUGGCUCAUUAGGAUGAUUAACAGUGGGCGCUUCCCUGGACUGGAGUGGAUGGACCCCGAGAAGACAGUCUUCAAGGUUCCCUGGAUCCAUGCAAAGAAGAGGGGCUACAACCGAGACAGGGAUGCGGCCCUCUUCAAGGAAUGGGCUAUACAUUCUGGGAAGUACAGGGACGAGUCUGAUCCCACUGUGUGGAAGAUAAACUUUAGAUGUGCCAUAAACGGUCUUAAAGAUAUCCUUGAGCUGAAGGACUACCAGACAGAAGACUGCCGUGUCUACAAGGUCCUGCCUAGGACCAGACCUCCCAAGAGGAGAAGGAGAUCGCUUCGGAGCUCAGGGACAGAGCCAUAUCCACAGUAUCCUGUGGUCACUGCAGCUGCCUCUACCCUAAUGGGUGCUACCAGUAUUCCAUCGGUCGUAUGGCCUGCUCCAUUAGCAGCCGAGUCCUUUCCUCCAGUCAGCCAUUAUCAGGCUCAAGGACUAAGACCUCAUGGAUAUGCAGGGAUACCAUCGAGCAGUGGGCCAGUUACCAUGACUUCGGCUGAGGUUGGCGGUUAUUACUGCACCACUCCUUAUACACCAGCUGCUUACACUAGCCCUCAUCACAUGACUCCAACUAGUGUCCCGGCCCAGGGGAGACCAAACUGCAGCGAACAGUGUCCUCCUUAUUCCGGAGCAGCUGUUAGCACUGCUGCUGCCAUUAGGAGAGAAGAAUCACCUGAUAGCGGCUAUGGAGGAGGAAUAAUAGUUGAUCCUCCUACUUGUUCCCCAGUCCCCUCUCCCUCUCACCCUCACACUUCCCCCCCUCCCUCCUCCAUUGAUGUCCAGCAGCAGCAGCAGUCGCUAUACUCCACUGGCUCUCCAUCUUGUGGUGGGAUUCCCUCAGUAUCCACCGAUCACUCGGGUACCCCAGGGGUUCCUGGCGUCAUGACUACCGCUCCAACGACUGACGAUGAGUUUAUUAACAUCAUCCUGGACCAGAACUCACCCCUGCCUCACUCUCCCCCCCUCACCCCUCCCUCCCCGUCCUCCAAUCAGAUUGCAGUUACUGUCUAUUACGGUAACAUGCCAGUCCUCAGUAAGACCGUCUCUUGUACUAAAGGCUGUCGGCUCUUCUAUGGCCCAAACUACCAGCCACCCAGCAAUGAUGAGCAAGCUGCAAGAUUUGAGUCUUAUUUUGGACCGUUAGAGGCUGAGCAGGUCUCCCUUCCGCAGUCCCACCCAAUACCACAGGCUAACGGUAUACUGGAGUCCAUGACUCGUGGUAUACUGGUCGAGAUGCAUGACAAUGACGUCUUUGUGACUCCUCUCUGUAAGAGUAUCGUCUUCUGUGGCACCUCCUACUACCACCAGAGUACCCCCCUGGAGAGGGAGAGUCGUGUCAAGGUAUUUGACUACAACGUCCAGUUCCGUAACCUCCUGGAGCAGUAUUCCCUCAGACGCACCAUGUCACCGAGUCCUAAUGUCAUACUCAGUUUGGGUCAGUCCUGGGGGCCCACCCAGCCCAUCACUCAGAACCUUAUUUACGUUGUCAUCACUCACGUCCAGGCUGAGAGAGACUUGAAACUUUACGGUAGUAGUUGCUCCCAGUCAGCAGUUUAUCCUUACUCUGCUGAUCUCUUUAGCAGUGUCCAUGAUGUAGUGGACAUUCGUCACACUAAUCCUAAUGAUGUCCGAGCUGAAUCAUUCCUAACCUCUGUGUUCCAGUGUUAGUUAAUUAAUAGUUAUUAGUAGUUAAUUAAGUACUAGUUAUAAUGUGACCUAACCACACCCCUUUUAUUUUUAACCCUUCUUCGACAGCAGUAAUUGUAAUUACAAUAGGACUUUCUUUGUUACAUAAUUAAUUAAUUUUAUUUACUAGUUUAUUUACUUUUGUUUGUUUUUUGUUGUUUUUUUUUGUUGCUCACCAAGUGAGUGUUUUAUUGCUCGUGUCGGGCAAUUUUCAUUCAGCUCUAAACACCAUUAAUUAA